AUGCCCCUGAAUACCUUCGCAUUGAGUCUGGCCCUCACUCCGACCGUCCUCCAGACCCUGAUCUCUCAUUACCUCCACCGCAAAUCUCUCCACCACAAACCAAACGUCCACAUUUCCUACGAUGAAAGCAUCCGCAUCUUACGCGAAUUCCUCAUCUACGCCUCCAAGCAUAGCCUAGAAGACCUCCAAACCUUCACCUGCCAGCGGGUGCCCGCGCCGCAUUGGGUGAAGCUCGAGACCGUGACCGUGCCGGAGGACUGUCUCCUCGGCGCAGCCGAUGCGAUCAACAAGCAGCUCGGCCCGAAGGGCAUCGCCCGCGUGGGCGGGAAAGAUUGGUGGCAGUGGCGCGGCCCCGCGGAGGACUUGAAAGCGGAAUGGAUCGAGAUGAAGGAGGACUACAAUGAGCGGAAGCGCACCGAUCGCGACCAUCCUAGCCAGAAGCGCAUCAUGUUGUACAUCCAUGGCGGGGCGUACUUCUUCGGCAGCUUGGAUACACAUCGGUAUCAGAUGCAGCGCCAUGCGCGGAAGUUGAAGGGGAGGGUGUUUGCACGUGAUUCACUGGCGGCUUACCUGUUCCUGCUGAAGGAGCAUAAGCCUGAGGAAAUCCUCUUUGCCGGUGACUCUGCUGGAGGAGGGCUGGUUCUCUCUAUGCUGGUUCUCCUACGCGACCAAGGGCUUCCUCUGCCGGCGGGGGCAAUCUUGAUUUCGCCUUGGGUGGACUUGACCCAUUCAUUCCCCAGUAUCGUCAAAGACAAUCCCGGAGACUACAUCCCCCCGUACGGUUUUAUGCAUAAGCCAUCUCCGGCAUGGCCACCCCCUAACGCAGAUGAGCUCGCUUCUUUAAAGAAAGCACUUAAAGGAACCCCGGAGAAACCCACCGAUGCUGUCCCUGAGCAAAGUAGGCGAGACGAAGAGACGGCGGAAAGGGGUUACUCGAUGCACAAGAGCAGCUCCUCCGAAGCCGACCGCACCAACUCGGAUCGCCAGUCCACCGAAAUCCAUAACGAGAAGAUCAGCAUCCCGAUUGACGGAGAAACGGUCGAGAUCAAGGACCAGAUUCACAUGUAUGCGACCAACGAACUUCUAACCCACCCGCUCGUGUCCCCUAUCUUCCAGCCUUCUCUCGGAGGACUGCCUCCACUGCUGAUUCAAAGCGGUGGCGGGGAGAUGCUGAGGGACGAGCAAUUCUACGUGGCCCACAAGGCGGCCAACCCGGCCGCAUACCCGCCUGGCGAUGCGUUUCUCGACGAGCAUGACCCCAACCGGGACACCCUUCACAAGUAUCAGGGAACCUACGUUCAACUCCAGUCCUGGGAUGACCUCUGCCAUGUGGCACCGACUCUGAGCUUCACUCAUCCGGCAAAGUACAUGUAUCGGGCGAUUGCGCAAUUUGGUGCUUGGGCUCUUGCAUGUGCGCAAGACACGGAGGUCGAGAUUGUCGACGACCACGGUGUAUCCAGCGAUACGGACAGCAGCGAGGACCCAACCAAGAGAGAAUCGGAGAACUCUCACACCCCCGUCGACUGCAUUGGCAAGGCCGGGGACCCCCUACCCGCGUUCAAGGACCGCAUGAUCCGGCAGCGAGUGGACAAGAAGGGCAACGUGUACCCCUUGGAUCCCCCGUCGGCGUGCUCCGUGCUUCAAAUUCCCCCGUCCAAAGUGGGGGUGUUCAACCCCGUGCUCGUGCGGAAGUGGCUGUCAGCAAAGAAGGAUUGGGAUACCAGAUUCGCCAAGGAGAAGCUCCGUGUCCAACGACAGCGCAUGAAGGAGCUGGCGUACGGACUCCAGAACUUCCAAGGCGAGCUGCCACCGCCGAGCUCUCUGGCUGCCCGGCGCACCGUUCCGCGCGUGUUGCCAUCCAGGACUGGCGGCAAGAGCUACCCGAUGACCAUGUGGAGCAAGAUGGCCAGCAAGCAUGACGAGCGCACCGUCGUCAAAGAACAGUUGAAGGGCGACCGGUCCACACGGACCAGCGUCGAUGCCGGCCAGGCGGGAGCGUCGAUGAAGGCAGAGGCCGCGCAGCAGACGGACGAGAACGCGUCCGCCACCCAGCGCGCCGCCGCCGUGACCGGCGCCUCCGUACAGGACUUCUCCACCAAGCCCCGGUCGAAUGGCCUGAGCAAUGGGGGUGGUUCGUCGGGAACGAAGGCGCCCUCCGAGGAAGAUGAUUAUACGCGCGAUCAAUCAGUGAACUCACAUACCAAAGUCCCUUCGCUCGAGAACUUCACUCCCAUGCUCGUUCUGCCGGGAUACGAGGGAAAGAACUUGGAAGAAGAAAACGCCAGCACCCGCGCGCUCUUCCAUGAAGCGGGCGCUAUCCCAAACACAGGCGAUUCUCACUGGGCUUCACGACUGCGACACCGGGCCUCGUCCAAUGCCGGGUCAGGCACCAUCCGCAGCGGGCUCACCACCGAGCCGCCGGAGGACACGAGCACUAUCGGCGACGAGAAGUCUUUGGCCGUGACGACGACGAAUGGGCUCGAUGCCGCGAGCACCCGUGCUGUGCUCAAUGCCAAGGGAGUGCUGGGCAUGGCCAGCGAUAACGAAUCUGCGUAUCGCUCGUUCGAGGCUCUGCCUAGUGAGCUUGGGGACGGUGAGGUAGGCACCCCGGGGCUUGGUCCUGCUGGUCACGAGGCCGAGUCGACGCCGCGGCCUGGCUUGCCUGACCGGGAGUAUUUCAAGACGGCGGAGGAGUACGUUGCGCACUGA